AUGUUGGAGAAUGUUCUAGUAAAGAUGGUGGGACCUACUAAGCUUGUAGAAAUGUUUUCCUUUUUCAGACCUAGAGUCGUUCAAGCCAUAUUUCAUUAUGCAUAUAAAAUAGUAAAAGAUGACAAGCUCGAUAAGAGUGCCUUUGGGAUAGUUUCAAAUGAUCGAGAGAAAUAUUUCUUCUCCCCUCUCCAUGCUAAGAAUCCAUACACCAAUAAUGGGAAAAUCAAUAGGUCAACAAAGACAGGUUCAUGGGAAGCUACGGGAAAGGAUCGUAAGAUAACAUCUGAACACAAUGGCGAAGAGAUUGGUACAUGUAAAACUUUUGUUCAUUCUUGUAUUGAGGAUGGGAUCAAAUAUGUGAUGCAUGAGUACAGUGCAAGUUCCAUUUUACCUAACUCGAGAGUUCUGGUUUUGUGUAAAGUAAUGAAGAAGAAAGAUAAGAAGAGUAAAAGAGCAUGCAAGAAGGUUAAAAUGACAGAGGAGAAAGCUGAAGUAUUGCCAUAUAAAAAGAGUAAAGGAGCAUGUAAGAAGGUUAAAAUGACAGAGGAGAAAGCUGAAGUAUUGCCAUAUAACAAGGAUAUUAGUACUCCAGCAUCUGAUGAUGGUUCUGAUGUUGAGAAAUGGAUUAGAGAUCAGCAGGCUGAAAAUUUAACCUGUGAUGGUGGUGGAACGAACCAUGUUCCAGAGUUUAUGAGUCUUGAAGAGGAAGACUAUGAAAUACUACUAAGUCUGAAUUCGUUCGCUGGUUAUGAUCAGCGGUAUUAUAGCCUUGACCGCUUCACACUAGAUGAGCCGCCACCGAUGCAUACAGAGCAACUCUCCACUAAUAAUGGCUCUGCAGGAACUUCCAUGUCUGGACCAGAGGAAGAUCAGUUCUUCGGGCUUGGACCUUUGUGGGCUUGA